UCUUGCACGGCUAGUUCGCACUGCGCAGCUAUCCAGCAUGCUAGCGCCCUCAUGCACGGCGCCUGCAUAGUUGCGGCGCCCUGUUGCAGCAAGUGCCGUAGAAGUACCCACCGCAAAUGGCAUGGCGUCUCAAUAUUAGCAGGUUGAUGACAAUGUGAUCGGUGUUGUUCUCCUUCUUGACAACAAUCAGGCGCGUACCUGGUCCUUCAGAAACUCUGGGAGUGACCAUGGCAGGCCACGGCAAUGCGCUAGCGCUGGCGCGAACGAUGCUGGAGCAGAGGCGACUGGAAGCUGAGAAGCUGCGGAGGAGCAAGGGUGUCCUGGAAGAGCAGGAGAAAGCCAUCCAGGAGGAGAUCCGCGUGGCUGAGCAGCUCGUCGCGUCUCUGGGGGGCGCUCCGGCUGCACGUGUAGCAGACCUUCCUCCUCCGCCUGGGUUCGAGGAUUGGGCGCACGCCCCCACUAGGACUGGCCCUCGUGCAGCGGCAGGCGGGGCCAAUCCCUGGGGGCGGUCACCUUCCUUUGGCAACACUGGGCCGCAGAGAUCUACGGAGCCUUAUCUGUGCGUGCUGUGGCUGGGGUACCCCCGGGGCGGGGAGGUGACAGCGGAGGCAGAGCUAUGUCGGCAGUGCAAGUUGGGGGCCGGAGACGAUGGGCAGGUGGCGGACAUCAUCACGAAGCUGACCCGUGGAGGUGCUCCCUGCCAGUAUAUCGAGUUCACAACAGCGGCCGGGGCUGCUGCGGCACAGGAGCACCUCUCAAGGGUUUUGCCCAAGGAGGUUUAUGUCAGACAUAGCCGCCAGAGCAUGGAGUCUGUGAGGAAUGCCAUGCCGCCAGGGACUUACGGGCUGCAGCAGCAAACCCGGGGUGCACCGCCAGAAGCGAACAACGGCGCCACCGCUUCUGAGACGCGGGCACGGACAAGGACGCGAGGUGAAGAAGGGGAGGGGCCCCGUCCAAGGAAGAGGCUGAGGGAGGAAACGACCACUGGAAGGGAGGGGGGGAGCCAAGCUCAGGAGGGCGAAAGUAGCGGGAAAGGGAAAGAAAAGGUGGCAGAUGAGCAGAGGGCUGAGAGGCGCAGGGGAAGGUCUGCGGGGCCAUCAGAUGGAGGAGAGGCAGUGGAAGACAGUGCGCCACAAAAGAAGAAGAGAAGCGAGGAGACCAAAGAAAGCAGGGAGGUGCGUAGGGGAAGGGAGGGGGAGGGAGGCAAUCAGGGGGAGGCAGAGAAGGCUGCGGCUCUCGAGAAGGAGAAGUCUGAGAAGAAGGAGCGGCGGCGGCAGUCGAAGGCGCGGGCAGUAGAGGAAGCGGAAGCGGCCGCAGCGGCGGACGAGAAGUGGCGGAGAAGGGAGGAGAAGCGGGCGGCGAAAGAGGCGGAGGCGAGUGCGAGGGCGGAGGCUGCUAGAGGCGGGGAUGGAAGAGAUGAUUCGGACAGGCCAGGGCCGUCCGGGGUCCGUCAGGGGGCGAACAAUGCGCGUGGUGACUCGACCAGGAGGGAGGCUGCUUCGCCAGGACGGCGACAGGUGGCGCUUGCAGGCCCCUCCACUCCUAGGGGAGCGGCCAGUCGGAGGGCCCCAUCAGCGGUGAUUGACCUGGUGAGCCAGGUAGGGAAGCGGGCGGAGGUGCCUGUCCCGGGCCGGGCGUCCAUCAAAUACUGUGCGCCGAUUGUCAACAUCAAAAUGCGGGACCUGAAAUGGAGCCGGAAGGACGACAACACGUUCCUAGUGAAUCAACACAAUGGGAAAAUUGUUUCCUGGACGGUGGUGGAUAACGGCUGGGGCCUUGAGGAGGGACCGGCGGUGCCCGUUCUGAACAGCGUCCAGAAGUGGGUGGAGGACUUCGUCCCGUUUGACGAGAACCGGGUAGCGGUGGUGUACACGCCGCCCCCCAAAAAGGACGCCGCCGCACCGGGGGAGCAGCUGGGAAUGGUGGACCUGCAGUCCCAGCGCAUAACCUUCGCCCGGGACACCCCUCACGAACGCGGAGCAUUCUGCGUGGCAAACCUUCCCGGGUCCGUGAAUGCUGCCCGCCUUGCGACCGGGGGAAUGCACCACGAGGUGGUGGGGUGGUCAGUCCUGGAGCGGAGCAGCGGCCUCGUCUUCAAGCCGACGGUCCUCCACUCGCGGCACUCGUCGUGCGUGAGCCACCUGGCGGUGCUGCGGCACCGGCCCACGCUAGUGAGCGCGGGGCUCGACGGGCGGGUCAUCACGUACGACCUGCAGCACCAGCAGGCGGACGAGCUCGUGCCGCGCCGCUCCAAGCUGCCCGUCUACCGCGCCAUGCAGAACCCGGUGGACCCCAACCUGAUGCUCCUGCAAAUCGGGAAGCCGGGGCUGCAGUACGAGCUGCGGGACUUGCGGGUGCCGGGGCCGGUCCUCGGCUGCUUCGGGUGGCGGCCGAUCGCCAAGGUCCAGCAGGGGCCAACUAGUGCGGGGAGCUGGUCGCCCGGGGGAGUGCUGGUAGCCUCCGGGUCGACAGACUCCAACAUCCACCUGUUUGAUAUCCGCAAGCGGUGCGAUUCGCCGCUGGUGUCGCUUGACGUGGACAAGAAGACGAAGUCGACGCUCUGGUACGGAGGGGGGUCGGUGAUGAUCACGUCAACCGCGAAGAACAACAGCCUCUGCUUGAGUAGGCUGAAUUUGUGAACCGGAGCAGAAGGUCAAAGGGUUUGAAAAUGCAGAGAUGGAGAAUCUUGUGGUCUUCUUCGCCAGAAAGCAGUUGUAAGAGUCACCACUUAUAGUGAAGAGCUGCCAAUGGAAAAGGACAGAGGGCGCUUGUGUGGUGCAAAUGCGAGGCUUUGCCUCCUCCCCACGGCCUUCAAGUCCAUAACAAACGCGUUCUCAGGUGGUGGCGGAUUCUAUCUGCAGCCUGGCGCUCGCGAGAGCAAAUUGCUCGUGAGGGAGAGACACAUGAUUUCUCUCGUUCAAGUGAGAAACUCUCUAAGGCGACGCAGAUUAACAGCCAGAUCGAAGUGUCAUUCCUGAAAAACGUGCUUUGAUGUAGCCGGCGUUGAUUAGGCGUGUAUACUAAGUUCUCUGCUCUGCGCUGACCUUCGAAGCGGGCUGAGCACAGUAUCUUAUUGUAGCCAUUCAUUGUAGGCGAUUGCCCCCAAUAUGUGAAAUAAAAGGUGC